ACCAAAAAAGAAAAAAAGGAGAAAAAAAUAGCACUUUUCCCCUACUCGUCUCCUCCAGCUAGAAUCCGGAGCCUCCUAGAUCCCAUUCCACCCCGACACGAGCGAGCGAGCGAGCGCGCACGACGCGACGCGCCGCCCCCAUCGAUCCAGCCUAGGGUUCGCCUCCGCCAUGGCCGCCUCCUCCUCCUCGACCGCCUCCUGGUCGCGCUACGGCACCGUCCCGGCGCCCGCCGCGGCGGCGGGGAAACACGAGGAGGCGGUGGACGGGGGCGGGGACGGGGAGGUGGCGGCGUCGGCGUCGACCGCGACGGCGGCGGAGGCCGGGGUGGCCUUCUUCUCGCGGGCGCGGGCGGUGGCGGGGGCCGCGGCGGGGCGGCCGAGGGCGUGGAGGGAGGUGCUCGACGCGACGGCGUUCUCGCGCCCGGAGAGCUGCGGCGAGGCGAGGGCGCGGGCGCGGCGGAACCUCGCCUACUUCCGGGCCAACUACGCGCUCGUGGCGCUCGUGCUCGUCUUCCUCGGCCUCGUCUACCGCCCGGUCUCCAUGCUCGUCUUCCUCGCGCUCUUCGUCGCCUGGCUCGGACUCUACUUCGGCCGCGCCGACGGCGAGCCGCUCGCCUGCCUCGGCCGCGAGGUCGACGACCGCGCCGUGCUCGCCGUCCUCUCCGUCGCCACCGUGCUCGCCGUCGCGCUCUCCCGCGCGGGCCUCAACCUGCUCGUCUCCCUCGUCCUCGCCGCCGCCGUCAUCGGCCUGCACGCCGCGUUCCGGAUGAACGUUUACCUCGACGAGAGGGACGCCUACGACGGCGCCGGCUCGUCCUUUAUGGGGGCCUCCUAUGGCGGCUACACGCUCCCAAGAUGAAGCGCCAUCGCCCUCUGAAAUCGAGAUGGCGAGAGGAAGGUGUUCGUUUCUCUACAGAGCAUUCUUGAUGCGGUUCUCAACUGUUCUUCUGUUCUUGGAUUUCCGUAGCAAUUUGCAAUGCUUGUAUAGAAUUUAAUCUUCAGUUUUUUUUCAAGGGAGCUUUGAUUUGUUUUCUGUAGAAUGCUCAUUUGAGAGAAUUUUUUCACUGAUUGUGAUCAUUUGAAGCUGCUUUAGAGGGGAAAAAAACUCAGUAAAAUUGCAAACCAUCCAUCCUUCCUUCAAAGGCUCAAACAGAAGAAAAAGGAAUUCAAGCUUAUGAUUUUGACCAUAA